AUGUCUUCUUCAAUUGCUGAAACAUCCACCACUCAACAGCAUAUCCUUCCUAUUCCUGAACGACGAAAUUCACAAUAUGACGAUUCGCAUGGUACCGGCUUGGGAGCAGGAAAUACACAACCUCGACGACGCUCAAAUGUUUCUGGACGAUUGACUUUUCGCGAUAGUAUACGUGCGGAGGAUCUCGAGAGUUUGACGAGAACGGCUAGUGUUAUUAGUGGGCAUCAAGAUGCUUUUCUUGAAUCGCAUGCGGACUCUUCCAAGGAGAAUGACAGUGGGAAGGAAAAGGAUAAUGGAAUUACAACGAUAACAUUCCCCAAGGCAGCGAAGCCAGGUCCAAUUAGUACGAUCAGAGAAUUACCUAGCGAAUUCAACACGCCCUACUCAACACGUCCUCCAUCCCCCUCCUCGGCUGCUAACACACCGGGUCCGCACUCACAUCGAAAAGGACAUUCAAAUACAACCGCCGGUGGAAAUGGCCCUCCGCGCGAUUAUUUCGAGCUACAGGUCGAAGAACCCUCGAGAGAUUUGCCCGAAACUUCAUACCCAGAUAUCGGCAGUGUCAAGAGUUUCCGCGGCGCGCUCAUCCUCCUAACCACAUGCGGAGCACAACUCAUGGACAAUGUCUUCAUGACCGGUGUCAAUAUCAGUCUACCAGCCAUCCAAAAAGAAUUCGGUGCGAAAGCUAGUGAUCUCCAAUGGUUAAUAAGCGCAUACACAUUAACCUUUGGAGGAUUUCUCCUCCUAGCCGGCGUAUUAAGCGAUAGAUUUGGACGCAAACUUAUUUUCUGCAUCGGGAUGCUAUGGAUAUCCAUCUGGACCAUCGCAAAUGGAUUCGCGACGUCGUUUAUCCAAUUAGCUAUUUUUCGCGCCCUGCAGGGUAUUGGCGCAGCGAUGACGGUGCCGUCGGCGGUGGGAAUCAUUUCUUCGUAUUUUGUGGCGAAGGAUCGCACGAUUGCGUUGUCGUUCUUUGCGGCGUCUGGCGCAGUGGGUUUCUGCGCGGGGCUUAUUUUUGGGGGGUUCUUGACGGGGAGUCUGGGCUGGAGAUAUCUCUUUUAUGUUUCUGCUGCGUUGACGGGGGCGUUAGGGGUCUUGGGACAGUUCAUCUUACCGCGCGAUCGGUUGGACGGGAAUGAGAAACCGAGUUUGGAUUUGUUGGGUGCCGGGUUGUCGACCGUGGAGGCGUGUAUGGGUGGAGCAAGGCUUUUAUUAUCGUCUUGUUGA